UUCUAGGUUUACUUUGAAACUUUUUUUUGGUGUUUGGUUUGGUUUAAUUAACUCGAUGGCCUUAGCUGAAGAAGCGGUUCAAGUCCAAUUAGUGGCUCAUCAUGAAACCGUUUUUACAUCCGAAGAACUUGAAGAGUUAUUAGCUUUCCUUGAAUCUGACGAACCGAUUAGUCCAAACUCUGGUUCAGAAGGCUCAAAUCGGGCGGUAUAUUCAAAGGACGAAAGGAAGCAAAGACGCAUGAUAUCAAACAGGGAGUCAGCCAGGCGUUCUCGUUGGCGAAGAAAGAGGCACUUGGAGAACCUCACCAAGGAAGUGAACAGGUUGAACAUAGAGAACCAGCAGCUUAAGAACCGGCUAAGUUUAGUUGUUAAUCAGCAUCACGUUGCAUGGCGAGAAAAUGAACAGUUAAGAUCCGAAUCCAAAGCUCUUUGGACCAAACUCUUGGAUCUAUACUGGACUUUAGCCUUCAUGCAAUCACAAUAG